ACGGCGCGUGCCUGGCGGCGGUAUCGAGCCCUCGCCCCGCGGAUGUGUCCGCGCGCCGGGAGCAGCCGUCGGGCCUCCGGGGAAAGCCCCGCGCGCCAGCCCCGACCAGGCUGCCCAGAUGCGGGCGCCACUCUGCCUGUUGCUGCUCCUCGCCCACGCCGUGGACAUGCUCCCAGCGAGCCGAAGGAAGAAGCAAGUGGGCACUGGUCCAGGGGGCAACUGCACAGGCUGUGUCAUCUGCUCAGAGGAAAAUGGCUGCUCCACCUGCCAGCAGAGGCUCUUCCUGUUCAUCCGCCGGGAAGGCAUCCGCCAGUACGGCAAGUGUGUGCAUGACUGUCCCUCUGGCUACUUCGGCGUCCGUGGCCAGGAGGUCAACAGGUGCAAAAAAUGCGGGGCCACGUGUGAAAGCUGCUUCAGCCAGGACUUCUGCAUCCAGUGCAAGAGGCGGUUUCUCCUGUACAAGGGGAAGUGUCUGCCCUCCUGCCCGCUGGGCACCACCGCCCAGCCCAGCACUCGGGAGUGCCAGGAAGAAUGUGAGCUGGGCCCUUGGGGGAGCUGGGGCCCCUGUUUGCACAACGGGAAGGCAUGUGGCUCGGCCUGGGGUCUGGAGACCCGCGUGCGGGAGGCCGGCCGGGCCGGACGGGAGGAGGCAGCAACCUGCCAGGUGCUCUCCGAGUCAAGGAAAUGUCCCAUCCAGAGGCCAUGCCCAGCAGGGAGGAACCCCAGCCAGAAGAAGGGGCGGAGAGACCGGCGCCCGCGCAAGGACAGGAGGCAGGACCGCACGCUGGACGUGAGGCCCCGCCCACCGGCCUGAGGAGUCCCCGGGGCUUGCCGCCCGCGGCCCCCCCCACCCUCCCGCAGCCUGCAGCCCUCCAACCCCCACACGGCUACCCCCUCCUGCUGCGGCCGCUGGGACCGCAUCCUUCUCUCUCCCCGCCCUUCCCUUCCUCCCCGCGU